AUGAUGAAGAGAGAGAAAGAAUUGUCUAUUGAAGCGUACAGAGCAAAGUUCAAACCCCCACCGCUCGCGACGCAUAUUCUGAGCCAUGUAUUGCCAGAGGCCCAUCAUUCGAUCCUGACCCAGUACGACCUUCUCGGGAGCAAUCACGAGCAUGCUGCAAAUUCCAGCCGCUCAUGCGGCUCCCAGACUGGUUCGUUCGCUCGACCGAGCAUGAAGCUGAUGCACACAGGCAGGUUGGCAUCGCAUGCCAACGACAUCAUCAUGUCAGCGCCUGCCAUCGGCUCUAGCGGCGAGCUCACACUCAGCACAACAAGACUGGAUCACAGCAACCUUUCCGUCGAAGUUUCACACACUGAGACGGAGUGGAUGAAUCUUGCUGAUCCUCUUGAAAGAAAUGCGGUGGUACAGGAAAGGGAUGAAGCAAGCGGAACGAAAGAUUCCGAGCCUUUCUUGAAUGGCGUGCCGCAUCCUGGAGAGAGUUCCUCUGCAUCAUCCAUGUUCCAUCUAUCACAAGGACUUGCACAAACGCCUGACAUUUCUCAUUCAAGGUUGAGGUCCUUCCAGAAACACAGCAGAAAGAAAAUGGACGAUCUUUUCCCGUUUGUCUCUCCUAUCCGAUAUCGGCACAUGUCCCUUAGCAGGCGCCUUGAAUUUGGGAGCGCUCCAGACCUCACGACCCUGAAAGGAGCCAUCGAGCCAAGUGAGAAAGAUGUGCCGGAGAAACCAAGUUCCACGGACGAUAGGGUCAAGAAUCUACUUGCAGAGCAUGAAAGCCACUCCAAGCGGAUCUCAAGACAACUGACCGACGUUCAUCGCCCGGUGUACUUGGCGCCUCUGCAUAUCUACGAAGGAUUUUCCCUUGAUGUGAAUCAGAGCAACUCUCGUGCUCAUCGAGAGAUGAGAGGAACCUCUGUGCCCGGAGAUUCCCCGGAUGGUUCGAAUGAAGACCGACCUUCAGCAGAUCAUUUCUCCCAACUUUCUCGGUCUGAAUGUUUCAUCCUUGCACAGAGCACGAGGAGGUGA